UACAUCAGCGCUCGGAACGAUUGACAUUACAAAGGCCCACUGAAUUCUAAUUUAUCUACGUUUGUGCAUGAAAGUUGGACCUGUUCCUCCACAACACGAAAAUGGCUAGCGUUCGUCAUGAAUUUCAAGUGGAAAUGACCUGUGAGGGUUGUUCAGGGGCUGUCACUCGUGUGCUGAACAAGAAAGGAGAAAAGGAUGUUGAAAUUGACAUGGACAAGCAGCGUGUCUACGUGAAUUCUACAUCGUCAUCUGAUGAGUUGUUGGAGACAAUCAAGAAGGCUGGAAAACCCUGCUCCUACAUUGGGGUAGCUAGUGCUUAGGAAAGUGACAGGUUCCUUAAUGACCUGAUAUAUAAGUUAUGAAGAAGUCAAAUGGUUUCUUUGUUCCAAAAUAGUUCACAGUGUGUUAAAUAAAUGGAAGACUGUAGAGUUCCCAAUAAACUAGGUAAAACAUAACUAUGUUAAGGCCUGAACAGUUGGCCCAAUGCAGCAGAUUAUUGAAAACUAUGAAAUUAUUCAAAUUAUUAAAAGGAAAAAAGAAUUACUGUAUUAAUUUUGUAAUUUUUAUCAGGUCUGGAUAAACACUGUUAGCAUAGAAGGAAGAGACCAGUUACUCUUAUUAGUUCUUCAAAGUGAUGUAAUCAGAGGAAUGUUUUGCCAUUUCAAUGAUAAAAAUUUCAAAGUCCAAUUUCCAAGUCCCAACCAAAGGAAACUAGGGUGACAAAUUACCAUUAAUCCUCUAGAAAAAUAUUACUGAUUAAUCCCCUAAGGUGGGAGAGAAAGUUUUACACUUGAUGAAUUCGACUUUUAAGAUAUUGUUUUCCUCUUUUCACAAGGAAAAUAUCAAACAUUUCUAAGGGAAAAUUUAACAAUCAAACAAUAUUACACGACAAGUUGAUGGCUUCAAGCCAUUAUUGUUAAAUGUAAAGAAAAUAGGAGUGAUGUGUGUCACUACUGGUAAUUUUUACAUUUGACAACAAUGAUGAUAAGUAACAAUGACAACCCUUAUCUUGAGAACUUUUCACAUUUCUAUUGAUAAUAAACAUUCCAAAAUAUC